AUGCCCAAGGUGCGCACGGGCUGUCAGACCUGCAAGCAGCGCCGUAUCAAGUGCGACGAGGGCAAGCCCAGCUGCAGGAACUGCUCGCGCACUGGCCGCCGCUGCGAGGGCUAUCCUGCUCCGCCACCCGAGAAUCAGGAGGCGGAGCAGGGCCAGCUGCAAAAGGCUGACCCGCCUCUCCGGAUCCGCGUCUACAACCUGCCGUUCAAAGUCCCUGGCAGCCAGGCCGAUCGGCAGCUGCUGCAUUUCUACUGCUGCGAAGCCGCCGGCGGCCUCUCCAGCUUCUCGGACUCCACGCUCUGGUCCCGCCUGAUUCUGCAGCGGUCGCACGACCAGCCCGUCAUUCGCCAUGCCGUCGUCACGCUGGCGGCUCUGUACCGCGACUAUCUCCAGGGUGGGAACACCAUCCAGGCGGCUGCCUCGGGCACAGCCAUGCAGCGAGUAGCCAAGUGCCACCGUCAGCUUCGGCUGUACCUUCGCUCGCCGGACGCGUCUCCAGAGACGGCGCUGAUCUGCAGUAUCCUGUUCUACGCGUUUGAAAGCCUGAUGGGCGACUGCACUUCCGCCAUGCAGCAUCUGAAUAACGGCAUAACUUUGCUAAAACAAUACCAGUACACCCUGGGACUUUCUCAAUCGAACCCUAGUUCCAAUCCUGGUUCUCCAACAUCGCCGCCGCCGACAACCGAGGGUGCGGGGGACGAUAUCCUGCCCCACCUGGCCUCCAUCUUCGCCAGACUGGACAUCCACGCGAGCACCUUUGACGACGAACGAAUACCGAUCCUGACACUAGUGAGUCCAGAGGAGCUGGCAGGCACUGUCCACGUUGUCCCGACCCAGUUCAGCGGCAUCGACGAGGGAGAGGUGGUCCUCACAAAGCUGCAAAACUGGCUGAUGCACCACAUCAUCGUGCACGUCGCACACAAACACAAGCCUCUCGGCGAAUUCCCCCAACACCUCCUCCACGAACGCUUCAUCAUAUACCAACAAUUCGAGCGCUUCUUCUUCGCCCUGAAUAUGCUCUUCAGCUCGUUCCCCCCCGAAAUCCCACCGCGCGCCCUGCUCCUCCGCAUCCAAGCGCGCAUGUACUACGCCAUCCUCGCCGAGAACAUCCCCUACGAGCCCCAAAAGGGACCGGGGCUGGGACCCUUCGGCUACGCGCCCCCGAGCGCCAUGUCGAACGACAGCCUGCGCAGUACACUGGCGGAUAUCCAGGCCUUCCUCUCGCUGGACGGGCUGGACGAUAUUUCCCGGAAUUUCACCCUCUCCUCCCAGCUCAUCGCCAUCCUCUACUUCCUGUGUCUCAAGACCGUCGACCCGGUUAACCGCGAGACUGCAUUCGCCCUGCUCCAGCACCCGCGCCUCCCUGCAAAGGACGGUCUCUGGGAAACUGGCAAGGCCAUCUCAAUAAUCCGGACCCUGAUGGAGCAGACCAACCCCAAAAUGGCCCAGGAGCAAUCGCUAGAAUACGCCGGCGGUGAUGUCUUUGGCCAGGACGUUGGCGGUAUUGAGAAUGUGCAUAGGCACAUGACCCCCCAAAACACCGAGCCCCCGGAUCGGGGUUUAUGA